AUGGCUUCUCGAAAGCGGAACGAAUUUCUUGAUAUCGACGAUAGUGAUAACGAUCAGAGCGAUAAUGGCUACGACUCUGAGGCCGCCGAGGAAUCAAAAACUCGAGCAUCAAAACGACGGAAAAUUCUAGAUAACGAUAACAACCUCUCAGACUUGGAACACGACGACAACGACGACUUCGAAGCAAGUGCUGGUGAGCAGGACGAACCAGUACAACAUGACGAUAAUGACGACACACAAUCCUCAAAGACACAGAAAGAAAAACCGCUCAAAAAACCACUCAAAAUCAAACCGCCCAAAAAGAAUAAAACGGGCGUCGUGUACCUCUCCUCUCUACCUCCAUACCUGAAACCAAUGGCUCUCAAAACGAUGCUUAUCCAACGGGGGUUUGGGCCUAUUACGAAAGUCUUCUUGACACCGGCCGUACAUUCAACGAGUGGGAGACGCAAUAAUAAGCGCAAAACGUAUUCGGAUGGAUGGGUGGAGUUUGAAUCGAAGAAGACGGCGAAGAUAUGUGCGGAAACACUCAAUGCAAAUAUUGUGGGUGGGAAGAAGGGAGGUUGGUAUCAUGAUGAUAUUUGGAAUAUGAAGUAUCUACGGGGCUUUAAAUGGGCAGAUCUGAUGGAACAAGUACAACGAGAACGAUCGGAGCGCGAAGCUCGACAGCGUAUUGAAGAUAUGCGUGCUCGCAAGGAAGAUAAAGUGUUCCUUUCUGGCGUUGAGAAGGGCAAAGUCGUCGAGGGAAUUCGGAAGAAGAGAGAAGAGAAAAAGAAGGCGAAAGCCAAUGAUGGAGAUAGCGAUUCAAAAGCCGGGGAUGCGAUUGAUGAUCUGCAGGUUCGUAGGGUUUUCAGACAGAAUGAAGUCAAACAGAGGAAAGAGAAUGAAGAUAUUGGUACUAUUGGGGCAGAUGCGAAGAGAGUUCUUGGAAAGAUUUUCUAA